AUGUCUUUCCCCCUCUACUCUAAACAAGCUGAAAUCAAAGGUAAAGUUGCCUUGAUUACUGGUGGUACCAAGAAUUUAGGUGCUGCAACUGCCACUGAAUUGGCUAAAUUUGGUGCUAACUUGUUCCUUCAUUAUCAUUCAUCUUCUGAUAAGGAAUCUUCAGAAGAUUUGUCCAAGAAACUUUCUUCAGAAUAUUCAGUCAAGGUUGAAUUAUAUCAAGGAAAUUUAAACACUGCUCAAGAAUUGUCCGAUUUGUACAAGGCUGCCAAAAAGGCAUUCCCAGAAGGUGUUGAUAUUGCCAUCAAUAAUGUGGGUAAGGUGUUGAAGAAACCACUUGUUGAAAUUUCUGAAGCUGAAUUUGAGUCUAUGGAUCAAAUUAACAAUAAGACUGCCUUCUUUUUCAUCAAGGAAGCUGGAUUGAAUGUUAACCAAGGUGGUAAGAUCAUUUCAAUUGUGACUUCCUUAUUGGCUGCUUACACUCCAUUUUAUUCCAUUUAUCAAGGUACUAAGGCUGGUGUUGAAUAUUAUUCAAAGGCUGCAUCCAAGGAAUUGAAAGAUAAGGGAAUUUCAGUCAAUUCCGUGGCUCCAGGCCCAAUGGACACUCCAUUCUUAUAUGGACAAGAAACCGAGGGAGACAUUUCCUUCUACAAGUCUGUUGGUUUGGGUGACAGAUUAACCCAGGUUGAAGAUAUUGUUCCAAUCAUUAGAUUUUUGGCCACUGAAGGUGGCUGGAUCACUGGACAAACCAUUUAUGCCUCUGGUGGGUUUACUGCUCAUUAA